AUGCGCUCGCCGGCGUCCUCUCCGCACAGCCACAGCAGCUCCCUCCGCCGCUUCUUCUCGCGUAGCCAUCAGCACCAUCACCAUCCAGCAGGUCCCAGCGCGCCCACCCACGCCACUCACGCAUCCAGAACCGCUGCCCAGCAAGCGCAAGCCCGUCGCGUCCAUCUGCUCGACUCGUGGAGUCUGCCGGAGCUCUACGCGCUGCGAGAACUCGUCCACGUUGCAGUCAACAAGACGCCCGCUGCGUCGCACACCGAGCUCCCUGCCGUGGCUGCUCAUCGCACCGCGUGCGGCGACGAAUGGCAUUGCAUGGGCGCCGGCAGCGCGGGAAGUUCCAGCUCGACGUCCACGUCCGCGACGCCGUCGUCGGUCCAGACUCCUGACGACUCGGAGCAGCAGCCGACGCUGCCGUUUUGUCUGGAUGCGGCGCUCGUGCACAACAAGCGCUUGAACUUUUGCCAGCGCGCCGACUCGCGGCUUCAGCUCCAGACGCGACGGCAGUUCGGACGGCUCUUUCCAGCACUGGACCGGACGUCAAAAGCCGCCCAGCGCGCGUUGUUCCAGGCGUUUGACGCGAACCGAAGCGGCAAAAUCGAGUUUGAAGAGCUCUGUGAGAUGCUGGCGAGUGUGAAGCGCGCGUGCGCCUCGUCCGUGCGCGAGACGGCGGCGUUGGUGUUCACGUGGUUCAAAAGGGAUCAUAGUAGUGCCGGAUUGACCCGUGCCGACAUCCAGUUGCUGGCUGCGACGGUCGUGGAAUUAGCUGGAGAUAUGAGCGUAUUGACGGAAGAUGGUGUAGACGAUAAGGACAGUGCUGGGCUCGAUGCUGAGGAUAUUGGGGCGUGGCUGAUGCAGUUGGUGCUGCUUGAUGGACGACCGCAGUAUGUGACGGAAGCGGAUUUUUGUAAGACAAUGGACUGUGCAGUGGGGGCGCAAGUGCUGCAUGUGCUGCUUGCGCCUUUUGAUGUGGUAAAUGCAGUGUUUGAGGACGAGAAGCUCUUGCACGAGGUGGACGAUCAGAUGCAGUGGCGAACAGGCAUGACGGCGUACGUCGUGUCGAGUCGCUGGUGGAUGCAGUGGCAGCAAUACGCCCGGUCAGGAGGAAACUGGCACGCUUUGCUGCAGCCAGAACUGUUGGAUCAGAAGGUUGACAACCUUCGAUUGGAACAGGAAGCUAGAGACCAGCCGAUGAAGGAGCAAGAGCAGGAACAGGAGAAGAAUACGCGACAGCGACAGAGUGGAAGUAGGCCAGCGAAUUGCUGUCGUCCUGGGCCCAUUGUGAAUCGAGAUAUUUGUGCAAGCGAACAGUUGGGAACCUUACGACGGGGUCUUGUGGGGGGACGGGACUUUGUUCUCGUGUCUGGUGGUGUAUGGAAGCGACUUCUGCUAGCCUACGGAGGCGGACCCAGCUAUCCUCGACGGAUUGGAGAGGUCCGUUCAUCUAGCGAACAGCAAGAGUCGCUUUUAAGAAAGGAUGAGAGCCAGGAGUGUGACGGUGUUAGUGUGACAUUGACGUCUAAAGGAGGUCAACACCAGCAGCAAGUCAACGUGGAGCUGUACCCGGUGACGCUACAGGUUCGCCUGGCGCGACACGAUUCACGACAUGUGUACCUAGUAUACGCUCGGCGGUUCCUUCUGCACCACGCUUCUUCAAUGAAGGAGAUUAUGCACCGGAUGGGCAUUUUUCCAGGCAUUAACGCAAAAGAAGUGUCGCUAUGGCUGCGUCGCCGUCGUCUCCAAGCUUGGGAGCCACUUGAAUGUAAUUUUGAAUCCCCCGAAGCUACUUUGAAAGGGUUGCACAUCACAAGUGCUCAAGAACUACUUGUGGACUUCCGAGCAAUGGAUGUUGAUAUCGAACCACACAGUAUCGCACAGCAACACCGACUGGUCAGCUUAGCCGCUAUGCUUCCCCGGACGCCUUUUAACGUUACUAUGCUACAACCUGUGGGCAAUGACUUUGUCUGCUGUCCGCGCACAAGUCGUGCCGCGUUUACUAGAACUGGUGAUUGGAGACUCUUGCGCAACAGCAUGGCUGCCGAACAGGAAGCUGCUACUAGUAGAUCGCCAGUAUCCGCACACGUCGGUCCUGGUGGUGUACUUGUCGGUCUCGCCAAGCAAAUGAAAGCAACGACAAGAACGUCUCCCGCGAGGUUGGUUGCACAAGUCGGUCUUCGAGCCACGGGACUCAUCAACAUGGGGAACACCUGCUUCAUGAAUAGUGCCCUCCAAUGCUUCGUUCACUCGCCGGUGUUCCGUGAGUACUUCUUGUCGAAUCGAUUCGAACCAGAGGUGAACAAGAAGAAUCGUCUUGGUAGUCGGGGUGCCAUUGCCGUAGCAUUUGCGCAACUUCAGAGUGCUCUCUGGCGCGAGCGUGACCGCGGGUAUCUGCGUCCCAGUCGGUUUCGAGACGAAUUCACACGAGUUUGCCGCCACUUCGAAGAGAUGCGCCAGUACGAUGCUCACGAAUUUAUGGUUGCUCUUCUCGACUGUCUGCACGAGGACCUGAACCAGAGUUUUCGCGCCUUGCCAGCGUCUGCUGACGACUCGAUACAAGCAAGAAGCUCGAAGUGUUUCAGUUUCGGCGCACUGACAGGGGAAGACAUGGUGGAAAGUGAUGACAAUGAUGACGAAAACUCCCAGGCUUAUGAUGAGAUCAUGCACACGUCUUCAGACGAGGCUCAUGGUGAUGCAGCUUGGCGUGCGUACACGAGCACCAACUCUUCCGUCGUGGUCGACCUGUUCCACGGUCAAAUGCGUAGCGAGACUGUCUGUGGUACGUGUUGCGAGCGCAAGUGUACAUUCGAUCCGAAUCUGUUCUUCAGUCUUCCCAUCCCAGAAUCGAAUUUCGUCCGUGUGGAGGUAAGCGUGCUGUUACAAGCGUGGAAAUUACCGGGUGGUACUGAUGAUAAACACGAUCCAGAAGUUGCACUCCAAGCGGAGCAGCGUGGUUAUUGGCUUCACCGAGGAAGUCAGACAGGUGCAUUGUGCGAUCGCAUUGCACAGGUGUAUGGGCGCGCAAGUGGAAACCGUUUUUUGCUCGUAGAGGUGCGUCGAAAUCGCAUCAAGCGGAUUGUCGAGGACGAUGAAGUUGUCGACAAACUCGUAGCUGCUGCUCCUGGCUCGCUUGCUGCCUAUGAGCGUGCGUGGACUCUUGCCGAGGUUCCCAGUGUACCAUCUGCAAUAAGCGAGUAUUACGGCACGUAUAUACUCGGUGGAGGUUAUGCAGAUGCACUUGCUCCUGAAAGGAUCACGAGCUUUUCCGACCUUCGCGUGGGUUCUCGUGUUGACGCAAGAGACAAUCGUAAUGACUGGCAUUCAGGCACCGUGAUCGAUGUCGUCGGCAGUGCUGAUGUCGAAGAACAGUGCGUUUCUACGAAGCACUCUCAGCGCGUGUACGUCCACUUCGAUGCAUUUAGCAGCAAGUGGAACAAGUGGUUUACAGCCCGCGACUGGAAUGCGAAACGACUUCAGCCGUUGGACUCACGGGCAUCCAGAGUGACAGAAGUAUUUGAAGUGCAAGUGGUACACCGGCACGUUUCCCCGGUCUCUUUGGUUGGCGUGCCCGAGUCAGGACAGACAAGUGGCGACGGUCACCCGCUUCCAGCCACUGUUGCCAGUUCACAAACGAUCGGCAGCUUGUCCACACACGGGCGACCGAUCGUAAACGUGUUCGGCACUCCUUUGUUCGUGACAAUCGCGUCCGACAGAACCGCACAAGAGAUGCAUCAGGCUCUUUUACUGCAGACUGCUCGCUUCUGGCGAAGUUUCGGAAGCGAGUUCAGGCCUAUUGGCAACUGCAUUGACGAAAGGGUCGAGGAAACCAAGCUGCCAUACGAGGUCCGAAUCGUGAAUCUGGACAACUUGACCAGUGAGCGUGGGGAGCUUCUGCCCGUUGACUCUAGUGCACUGCUGCCGCAUUUUUCUGCGCGUACUGUUCUCGCGCUAGACUGGACCAACAACCUCGACUUUCGUAGCCACGAAGUACGCGUACCCGAUGAUGCUCCAUCAGAAGUGAUGGAGGCAGCUAGCGUGGAUCCAGACUUGCGUGCCGACCUUGAAACCAGUCCGUUUCCUGGCCAACAAAAGACCGGAAACACUCCAGACGGCGCACCAGUAGAGGACGACGAUCGUCCGCCCAGUUACGCGAUCCCGUUGACGAAGUGUAUGGACGCGUUGAUGCGCGAAGAGGCCAUCUCGCUUGAUGACCACUGGAUCUGCGAACAGUGCGGCGUUCCUCGCGAAGGCACGCGGUUAUCCGGCAUUUGGCGGCUGCCUGACCUCGUGAUGAUCCAACUGAAGCGAUUUCAGUACCUUGAGAAUCAGCACAAACGGAAGGUGCGAGCACUCGUCGAUUUCCCACUAAAGGGUCUCGACUUUUCCCAGUGGAUGAGCCGCCAAGACCAUGCAGAGUCGUCAGUCUAUGACUUGUAUGCAGUAGCUAAUCACGUCGGUGGACUUACGCGAGGUCAUUACACAGCAUACUGCCGCUAUGAUGCGGACUUCCCCGAGAGUGCAAUACUGUUCAACGAAAAUGAAGACGAUGCCGAUGUUCAAUGCUCCGACUUGUGGUUUCGCUUUGAUGAUGAGAAGGUGUCUGAGAUCGCAGCGGGUGACGUCGUUACGGACGCUGCUUACGUGCUGUUUUACAAACGCCGGACGCUGUCGUCCUACAAUGUACUUCGGUAUGCGCUUUGA